AUGAACCGUGUGUGCAAAGCUUAUUUUAACCAUUUCGUGAUCGACUUCAUCGACGAUAUUCUCAUCUAUUCCAAGACUCAAGAAGAGCACAAGCGACACUUGCGUCUUAUCCUUCAGCUUUUACGCGUUGAACGUCUUUACGCCAAAAUCUCCGAAUGUGAAUUUUGGUUAAAAGAAGUUCAAUUCCUUGGUCACACUGUCAAUGAACUUGGUAUUCACGAUGACCCUUCAAAGAUUGAAGCUGUGAAGAAUUGGAUUGCUCCUAAGUAUCCGUCUGAAAUUCGUUUGUUCCUUGGUCUAGCUGGUUAUUAUCAUUGUUUCAUUUCUAACUUCUCAAAAAUUGUCGUUCCUCUUACUUCCUUGACUCAAAAAGAUAAACCUUUUGUUUGGGGUCCUAAACAAAAGGAGUCGUUUCAAACGCUCAAGGACAUGCUUUGCAAUGCUCCUAUCCUUACUCAUCCCGAUGGUAACGACGACUUCGUCGUGUACCGUGAUGCUUCAAACCAAGGUAAGGCGAAUGUCGUGGCCAAUGCACUUAGUCGUACAACUCAUGUCAAGGGUAUUCGUUGCUUUCAACUCAUCGACGAUCUUCGAAACCACAUUCGUGAAGCUCAAUACAUGUUUGUUAUUGAGGGUAACCUCUAUAACGAGAUGCAAUGUGGUGCAGAAUAA